AUGGCAGCUGAAAUUGUAGUGGUCACAGGCGCGACAGGCUUUGUGGGCUCAUAUGUGGUCAAGGAGCUGCUGGAGACAACCAGCUAUGCAGUGCGGGCGGUGGUGCGCGAUGCCCAGAAUGCAGACAAGACGCAAUUCCUUCGAGACUUGGUACCUGAAGGCGAUGAUGGACGCUUAAGCUUUUGGUCUGCAGACCUGACCUCGGACGGCAGCUUUGAUGCAGCCGUCAUGGGCUCCCACUACGUGGUGCACACUGCAGCCACGGUGUCACUCACGGCACGCCAUCCACAGCGGGACAUUGUUGACGUCAAUGUCAAUGGCGUGCGCAAUGUUUUGCGGGCGUGUCAGCAAGCCACUCGGGCUGGUACUUUUCGCCGCAUGGUCAUGACAGCCUCGGUAUCGACCAUUGAAGACCUCGCGCUUCCCGCCGGCCACGUCUUCACAGAAGCCGACUUCAACAACAGCGCCACCGUCCAGAAUGACCCUUACCCUUACUCCAAGCGCAUGUCUGAACAAGCUGCCAUGGAUUUUGUACAAGCGCUUUCCUCAGAGGAUAAGUUUGAGGUUGUCUUUGUGAAUCCAGGAGCCAUCUACGGACCCCACCUAGCCGCACAUCAUUUGAAUGGAUCUUCGGCCAUUAUUCGCGAUCUCAUGACGGGCAAAGUGCCAAUGUGCCCGCAACUGGCCUUUGGUUACGUCGAUGUCCGGGAUGUGGCCAAGGUGCAUGUGGCACUGCUGACGCAAGGCACUGCCGGUGCCAGUAGCCAUUGGUCGAGCUCCACCUUGCUCACGUGCAUGAGCAACCCCAUGCCACAGAGCGCCAUUUGCUGGUGGAGGGCGUUUCUGCUGGCGAUACCUUUCUCGGGUGAGAACAUUGAGAGGCUCGAUGUGAAGAGCGGCGUGCCUGCUCAAAGUUGCCUGAACAAACAGGGGUGGCAGGCGCUACACCCCACUGUGAUUACUCACUACGAUCAGCUCACCCAUGACCUGCAACCGCUGUUUGACAGCAGCAAGAUUCGGCAAUUAUUGGGGUUUGAGUUCACGGCCAAGGAGAAGACGCUGAAAGACAGCAUGGAUGCGCUGAUUGCACACGGCGAGGUCGAAUCGCCAGCCGAAGCAAACUCGUAG